CUCUGUGCAGCCCAGCAUUCAGCCCAGACUGAGACUCUGCAGGUGAAAGGCAUCGUGGGAAAGUUUCUCUCUUUUCCAGAGAGGGUGUUGAAGUAUGGCACUUUACUUUAUAGAGACCUUGGCAAUAUUGCACAUGUGUACCCUGGUAAACAAAGUAAUACAAACCUUGAGAGAGAUUUAAAAAACCGCCUUCACUGGAACAAUGUUACUGGAUUCUUCACUUUGACAGACCUACAAAUAGAAGAUUCUGGGGGUUUAUACUUUGGAGAAUGCAGAUGAAGAGAUCAGACAUCACAUUCAGCUGACUGUGUACUGUAAGUGUGUGUUGUAAAUUACAAAAUCAUUAAUGCGGCAAUCAGCAGUACCAAACAAUACUAAAGCGGUCGCUUUAUUGGUUUGGUAAAAAGCUGAGGGAUGGAGCUGGAGAAAUGUAACCCACUCUCAAAUUCAUUGACAGAGCUAUGGAUGCAAAGACUGAUCAACCAUUAUAUAAAAAGUAUAGUUGUAAACCAUGUUUUGAGACUAUAGUGUUUGUUUACAAUUUAUUUGUUUACAAACACUGGAGUAAAACAAGCUGAUGGGUUCUCUGACGGGGACUAAGCUCAUGAGGCAUUUAUAAGUUAUAUUCUUCAAGAAUCAAUGGGUCCAUAUCAUUAAUGUAUAAGUCCAAAAAUGGAUGUAGCAACUGUUCUUUGCCACUUUAAAGAAGUUCCAUUUCACAAAUUCUCAUUUAUUCAUUAUUUGUCUUCCAGAUGUUCUGUCCCAAACCUCAGGUGACGGUCCAUGACAACAGCUCUUGUAGCAUGGUGUGUUCUGUGGAGAACGGGAGAGAGGUGACCCUGUCCUGGUACAGAGGAGGGGAGAUACUCAACCAGAGCAGCAGCCCUGACCUCAACAUCACCCUCUCUCUACCACUCAAGGUGGAUGAACAGAACAGAGACUCUUACAGAUGUGAGGCUGCCAACCCAGUCAGCAAGGAGACCACUGUUGUUCCAAAUUCCUGUAUAGAGAGUGAUCACGCCAAGGUGGCAGGUACAAAAAAACAUGUGCAGUAGCAAUGUUAAAUUGCUGAUAUCCAGACAACACCAAAUUCAAUAUGAAACAAUAAGUAUGGUAGAGCUCAUUUUAUGAAAUGCAAUGUUUUAAUAAAAAUGUGUUUUCUCUCUUUUUACUUUAGAUGGUGAUGGGAGGACUCGAGGUUGUCUUAUUAUUGCUGUAAUCUGCGUUUUGUUUGCCUCAGGACUUGUUGGACUUGCAAUCUAUCUUAAGAACAGGAGAAACGGACACUCACGUGCAGGUAUUCAUCUUUUAGCGGGGUGAGGUAAUUCUCCUUGUCAAAGUCAAAAUAUGUUGUGCACAACCUUUUUCAAUUAUCAAGGAUAGUGUUUUGGAAAAGGAAGGAAAUGUUUGCCUGAACAAUGGAUGCAGGUCAAAUGAAGUGGCAUAUCUUCCACACUUCCUCUGAUUGGUCAGACAGUUUAAUUAUCUCAAACCACCUCUAAAUGUUGAAAAAGCAGAAGGCACAUACACACACAAGCACAUUCUGACAAUCAUUACUGUAUAGCUUCUCUGGCGCCAAAAAGACCGCUAGAACAGACACAGGUACCCAUUGUAACAUGAGUCCUUAGUGUUUGCAGAACCUGUCUUGGGUUGAGCAUUUGUGCAUAUCUGUCAGUUACUCCCACCCACACUGUAUAUUUCAUUUCCUUUAUUUGCCUUUAUAGAUUCACCUGAAAGAAAGCAAGAUGACAUUCAGUACGCAGAGAUAACUCACAUUAAACCAGCAGAUAACCAGGUUAGUAAUAAUGCUACAGGCUGAUAAAGAUACGAGACGUAAUACAGCAGCUUUGUUACAACUAUAGCCUUUAGCUCUGUGCCAGUAGGUUAAUGUGGUCUUGAGUUGCACAGACAACCUGAGUUUAAUAACCGGCCUGAUGUCAUUGCAACCAGUUUUGCCCAUAUGAAAUGGUCGUUUUGCACAAUGCGAUGCCACCCUGCAUAUAUUUUUUGCUUUCCUACCACCCCCCCCCCCCCCCCCCCCCCCCCCCCCUCCUCUUUGCUUGUCCCUCUCAAUCCUUCCUCCCUCCCUCUCCCUGUCUAGGAGGAGCGAACAAGUAUACAAGGACUGGAGGCGCGUCGAGACAACCCUAACCUUACAUUGGUUUAUGAUACACUCCAGUUACAUCGCAUGGCUGCCAGCGAGGAUGUUAACACUGCA